UCAGCGUAUGUUUUGGGAAUUGUUUUAACCGUGUUUUAACAUUUUCUUAAUUUUUUUGCUUAAUCUCUUGGUUGAUCAAUAACUACUGACUCAAAGCGAAUUUUAAUUUAACGAAAAUAAAAAAAUGGAAACUGAAGUGAAAAUGUACUUCGGGAGAUGCAGAUGCUGUUUGGAAUAUGGUUAUUUAAAAUAUUUAUGGUCCGAACAUAAAUGGCAGGGACAUACAGAGGUGUACGGCGAAAUGUUAACGAAAUGCUACGCUUUUUCGUGGAUCCAGUUAGACUCUGAAGAUUACAAUCAAAUCUGUGAUCCAUGCAUAAAGAGGCUAAGGGAGUCGUGCAGUUUUAGGAAUUUAGUUAUAAGAUCCCAGAAACAACUGAUGGACGAGAUAAGUAAUGGCCAUGAAUCAACAAUAAAAAUUGAGUAUGUAAAUGAAGCAGAGAAAGACUCAUCGGAGCCAGAACUCACGAGGGAUACUGUGUAUGAAGAAGUGGAAUUUUUAGAUGAUGCUCCUGUUGAUGUCAAACCAAAAGAGAAUGUAGACAGAAAAAGAAUGAGCAUCAGUCCAACAAAGAGAAAACUUCCGAACAAACAAGCAAAGAACAUUGACAAUAGGUUAACAAAAUAUGUUGUGGGAGACCCAGAGAAGACUAUGGAUGUGUCGCGAAGUAAAAAAAACUCACGUAUAGAUACUACAAAUCACAAUGGGAUUUCAAAUAGAAUGUUGACUGAGGAAUUGGAUGAGUAUUCAGAUAAACAGACUUUGGUGCCAAAAAUUGAAUUCUUAGAAGUGGAAAGCCAAGAAAUCGUUGAAGAAAUUAACAAGGAUGAGGAAAUUGGACUCGAGAAGAAAACAUAUGAAGAAGUGGAGUAUUUAGAGGAAGAUGUUACAGACAACAGUCAACUAGAGAAAGAUCCGAUAACAGUUUGCUUAACCCGGAAAUGGCCCAAGAAACUACCCCGAGCCGAACGCAACAAGAGGUAUCUUCAGUACACCGAGGAGGAUCUGAGGAAUGGCGUGGAGGCAGUCAGAAACAACAGAAUGUCUAGAUUAGAAGCGGCUGAAUUCUAUAACGUUCCGAGGAAGACUUUGGCUGCCAAACUCAAAAUGGACGAGGAGAGUGUAGACCCGGCACGAGAAGAGAUGUACGUAUUCAUAAAGGAAAUAAAAAAAAUACUCUCAUUCACGAAUGCCACGCCCUACAAAAGUAAAAUGUCCACCUACAGCUGCGCCUAUUGCACCGAAGUGUAUUUCCAAACGGCGGACGACCUCCGCAACCACACGCGCACAAACCACAUCGACGAGCGAACGAAGAAGGUCGACCUCAUGAUGAGACCUCACGCGAUGAACGAAAUCUUAAAGUUAGACGUGAAAAACCUCAUUUGUGUGGUCUGUUGCAUCCCGAUGGACGACUGGAAUGGUCUAUUUAGGCAUUUAAAGAAUACACACGGUAUCGUCUUCACCUACGCGUACAAAAGGGUCAUUCCGUAUAUCUUGGACGAGGAGCCUGACUGCGUGCUCUGCAAGCAACACUUCACGAACUAUGUCCAGCUCGACGUCCACAUGAACAGCCACUACGACAACUACGUCUGUGACGAUUGCGGCCAGACCUUCAUAUCGGCUGCCAGGCUAAAGAAUCACUCCAAGAAGCACGAUGUUGGGAAGCACACGUGCAAAUACUGCAACAAAGUGUUCGGUCUAGAGCAUUACCUCAAGAAGCACGAGGCGGUCGUUCACAAAGCCAGGUUGUACUACAAGUGUUACCACUGCCCGGAGAAGCUGCCAAGCGAUAGGGAGAGGAAGGAGCAUAUCGAAGCGAACCACAGGGAGAAAGUUAAGGAGAUCAGCUGUGACAUGUGCGGCAAGAUAUUCAAUUGGCGGCAGUACUACAUCGCGCAUCUGAGGAAGGUCCAUGGCGACAGGAAAUACGAGUGCACAGUUUGCGAUAAAAAGUUUUCUCAGAAUGGAGAUUUGAGUCGGCACGUCGAGUCCAGGCAUAACGGCGCCAAGAACCACGUGUGUCCGAUGUGCGAAAGGAGAUACUCCUCGAAAGCGGCGCUGGUGACGCACUUCAAAAUUCAUUCGAACAAUAACGAAGUUGUCGUUAUAAAUUAUACAUGUAUAAUGACCGAGCGGGUGAUAUGGCUUGGUCGAAGAUUAUUCCUCCGUGAUUAUACCUACAAACUGACGGUCCGAAUGUUAAUGUCGAAUAAGAAAUACGGAGAAUGCAGGUGUUGUUCAGCAAAAGGCAAACACAGAGAUAUUACGAAGGAAUAUUAUCACAAUGGUCUAAGAGAAGUGUUCAUUGACAAUUUUAUCGAGUGCUUCAAUUUAUUUUUAUCAACUCACAAACAGCUGACAACAUUAAUUUGUUCGAGUUGUGUAUCAAGGCUCCGGGAUGCAUGUCGCUUCAGGAACCUAGUCGUAAAUACAGAACGGAAACUUCUAGAAGCUGUUGGAGGUCAGGGGCAGCCUGUCUUUGUCAAUGUUCCAGUCGAUGAAUCGUCACCAGACACAGAGUUUGAUAUAAAGGUAGAACAAAACAGUGACAUAAAGGAGGAGCCUCAGGACUCAGAUGAUGAACUCCUCGGCCUAGAUAAUACUGUUGAUGACGAUUAUGAUAUCGACUUGGAUGUGAGAGAGGAUCUGGUGGAGGGCGAGGAAGAGUUACUGGCUCGGUUCAGGAGCGAAGUUCUGGAUCCACUUCCUACUAGGCACACUUUAAGACAGAUAUGUCCUAAUUACGCCAGACAUUUGGAUUUGCUCAAGGGAAUAACGGUAUUCCCUAGGACGUUAAAGAAACUACUCAAAGAGAAUGAGAGCAGGCGUCCCAUGAUCGCCGGCAAUGUCUACAUAACCGAGAAAGUGGGUCAGGUCGUCAACGCGACCACACUCUUAAAAUAUUCGAACAUGACGCCCUUCAAAAGCAGAGGCCGGAAGGGAUUCUUGUGUUUCUAUUGUCCGAAUAUAUUCGAGAGCGCAACAAAACUCCGCGAGCACACCUCCGAACACGACAAGGAACUGAUUAACGGCAUCCUGAAGACGUACAUCACGGAGAGUUUGGUCGUGAACGUGGACGUUACCGAUUUGGCCUGCACCAUAUGCGGUCAGUUUUUGAAGAGCCUGAACGAGAUGAAAUCGCAUCUGACCGGCGUUCACAAGAUGAAAUACUACAGCGAAUUCACGGAUCGCUUGAUACCGUUCAAGUUGGACGUGAAUAUGUUUGUGUGUCAGGUUUGCGAAUGUAAUUUCGAGACUUUCGGCGCGAUCGAGCGUCACAUGAACGUUCAUUACCGGAAUUAUAUAUGUAAAGAGUGCGGCACGGGUUUCGUGACGAGGGCCAGACUAAAAGUGCACUUCGGGAACACGCACGUCGGCGGGGCGUUCCCCUGCGAGAUGUGCGGAAAGAUGUUCGUAACGCAACUCCGACUGAAGAAUCAUAUCAAUUCUGUACACAAAAUGGUGAAGAGGUUCCGCUGCAAUAAAUGCUCGGAGCGGUUCACGGAAUACGUUUAUAGGCAGAAGCAUCUGGAAGAUGUCCACGGGGUGCCAAGCAUCAAGUACAAAUGUAAUGUCUGCGAAAAAUCGUUCAGUCGACGCUACAAUCUCUCGAUGCACAUGAAGAGGGAUCAUUUGGAGGAGAAGAAUUUUCAGUGCGAGCUGUGCCCCUAUAAAUGUUUCUCGAAUAAACAGUUGAGUAUGCACAUGAUAAAGCACAACGGGGAGAAGAUUUACGAGUGUUCGGUCUGUAAAAAAUCGUAUGCCCGCAAGAAGACUUUGAGUGAACAUAUGAAGAUCCACAAUAAUGACCGCAGGUUCGCGUGCGCAGUCUGCGGCCAGGCUUUUGUGCAGAAAUGCAGCUUAAAGGGACACAUGAAGACGCACCAUCUCGAAUAUAAUUUAGCAUAAUAAAUAUAUUUGGAAAUUG